CUUGAAACGCAGAUAGAAUUUUGCGCAGUUGGCAAAGCAAGUUGGACUGAGGUUGGCUUCGACCCUAAGUUCACAGUUGGUUCUGUGGUAUCUCGCGCGCCGGUCGUGUCGCGCAUCGUCCGGGAAGUCGUCGCCGUCGGAACGUGACAUUUCGGGUUUAAGUGGUCAAAAUGCUGCCAGUGACGAAGCCAGGGAGUCCCCAACCGGAUGGGAGUUCGAUGGAGAAACCUGCGAUUGCGGGUAUUCCCCGCGUCGCUCCCACCACAAAGUUUAACGCGCCCGUCCACAUAGACGUCGGUGGCACCAUAUACACAUCCUCUUUGGAGACCCUGACAGCGUACCCCGACUCGAGGCUGGGCAAGAUGUUCAACGGCACCAUCCCCAUAGUGCUGGACACGCUGAAACAGCACUACUUCAUCGACAGGGACGGGGGCAUGUUCCGCCACAUCCUGAACUUCUUGCGGAACAAGAAGUUGCUGUUGCCGGCCGACUUCCCCUACUUGGAUCUGUUGCUGCACGAGGCGCACUAUUUCGAAAUCGACCACAUGGUGUUUGCGCUGACCAAACUGAAGACUGAACGCGAUGGAGUGAAGCAGGAUCGUGAUUGGCUGAGCCAGGCCACCGAGCGACUGAAACAGGAGACCGAGCUGCUCAUGCAGGAGAGGGACAGGCUGCAGCAGCGGUGGUCGUGAACUGAGGAUACCAGAACAGAGGAAUCCGAAGAAGCCGCAACGAAAAGGCGUCGUUUGUAAGAAUACAACUCCUCAAAGUUUUCGUGGACUAUAAUUUGAGGAGUGAUUCGGUGAGACUUAAGUGUAAUAUUAGGUUGGGGAUAAAGUUUCUUCGCGUUUUAUAUGAAAAUUCAAAACAUCUUUGAAAAAAGUUUAUUCACCAUGUGGGUGCCAUUAUGUCCGAUAACUUUUUGUCACCUUUUCGAAAUUUUGGGGUUCCGAUCAAAAAUCCGCUACAGGUGGUUUUGGUAGUUUUCUCGUGAUGAACCUGUGUCAGGUUGUUGUGCCUAUAGAAUUCUGAAGAUACCGAAACAGGUGUAAAUCUGUAGGUGCAAGGUCAGGACUAUUAACACCUCCAAGUCAAACUCUAUUAUUUUUGGCUGAGUGGCUAAAGAUGUGCGAGAUCUAGCGCUAUCAUGAUGAAAAACCACACCCCUUUUGUUGAUUAAUUCUGGCCGCUUUCUCUCAACUUUUUGGUUUAAUCUCAUCAGUUGUCCGCAGUAGAGGUCAGAAUCGAUGGUCCUGCCUGGCGGUAACAGCUCAUUAUGAAUAAUGCCCUUCCAAUCACAUCAUACACAUAGCAUCCCCUGUUGUGAAUUAACCCGGGUUUCGCCAGAGUCUAUGAUGCCGCGCAUCUUUGACAUAAAAAUUUCCAGAUUGAGAACGAUUAAACCAAAUUUGUGCUACUCUCACAGACACUGCACUAGGUCCAUAAACAUUACAAUUAUUUUCGCGGAUUUCGUUGCAUUUUUAACUUUUUGUGUAGUAAAAUUUUAGGAAAAACGCACAUUUUUUAAAAUUGAAUUUGGUAUUAUCUUCUUUAAAAUUUUCACUUUUUAAUGAUACCAAUACCAAACAUAUACGAAUGGUAUAGGCAAAAAGAUUUUAUUUCAAGUUCAUACAUACUAUACUAUAAUGCGAAAAGAUUAUUUCCCCAACCUAUCAAAUAUGCAUAAUUCAUGGUGAAAAUGGACCUCUUUCUACGGUAGCAUUAGCAUUAUAUAGUGAUGUCCGUGCACGGGACCUCUUUUUAUAUGAAAAAUAAAAUUAAAUUAUUAUAGAAAGUCCGUUUUUGGUUAUAUAUUUUGAUAGCCUUUAUCAAUCAAACGCACAAAUACAUUAGUGAUAGGCUAGCCAGGCCUUUUUUACGAUUUCAGAGGACAAACUUUGAGAUUUCCGUAAUCGUAUCGUAUUGACAAUGUCAAAGAUUUUGUGAAAAUUAAGCAGCGCCUCUACCGGACGUAAGAACAAAGUGGCUCCUCCCAUACAAAAUUAAACGAUGACGAUACGAUUACAGGAUCUGUCUAAGUUAGUGCUUGCCCUAAGGUCUUAUUUGGCGUAAGUAGUACUUACUCGGAAAUGGAUCAACACCUCAUCGAUAGGGGAUUGAGUCAGGGUAGGUAACUGCGCGAGUGAUAUUUUUGGUUUCGCAAGCUUCUUUAAGCUAUGGCGGUAGCUUACCACCAGGCGGGCCAUAUGCUUGGUUGCCAAUCUUUUGUGAUAUAGACCUUUGCUAUAUACCAGUCAAGUAUGCAAUUGGCCUUAAUGAGCUAAAAGGAAAGUUACUAAUUUAGUUAAAUUAAUUUAGUAGCUUUCCUCCUUAUUAAUAAACGAGAAGUAAUAUUAGGCUCGUCACGCAGUCUUUUGUUUAUAAAUUAAAUUACUUUUGUCUAUGAACAGAAACAAAACACUGCGUAGGUUCCAAGUUCAUCUAUAAAGAGAUACUUGCAAGUGCCUUGCAUAAAUCCUAGCUUGUUUGUAAAUUAGACAUUCAAAGAUUACAGAACGGCUAAAGUUGAUAGGUUGAGCCUGUGUUGAUCUGAAUUGUUUGAGUACUAUUUAAACGCUAUUUUGCUUAGUUCUUCUGUUGACUUACAUAAGUUAUGUUUAUAAUUGAUUUAUCACUAACCGCAAGUCAAUUUUAUAAUUAUUAUGUAUGAGACCACGAUCAUAUUAUUUUAGUUAUGUAUAAUAUUAUAUGAUCGUGUUUUCAUACAUUAAAUCAACGCCAUCUGGAGUAGAAGCGGUGCACUACGAUAUCUCUUUUAUGAAAAAUUUGUCUAGUUCGAGGACGCGACACGAAUUUCAAUUAUUCGCUCCGGCAGUAGACAGAGUGCGUUAUUUUACUUAUUGAAUGACGGUUUUCUGGAAUAACCGGUGCCAGGUGACAGCACUGAGGCAAACGGAAUACUUAUCCGUCAAAUCGCGUGUUGUCAUUGUCUGUGGAUCAAUUUAAAUGCUCAUUCGAUUAAUUCGCGCCAAAAACUUCAUACAAAAGACCUUUUGCCACAGUGGCGCCAAAUGGUGACCAAAUUUUCAAAAAAGGGUGUGUUGUGUAUCACCUGUGUUGUUCAUAAUAUUGUAUGAUACAAAGUGCAGAAAGAUCUGGAUGAAAAUCUCGCUCUUAGCAUACAGGGUGUUAAAAAACCUUUAACGGAGCCGAAGGCCACGUAUGUUUCACAUCAUGACGAUCAUUUUUUUCUUCUGGACCAUACCUGGGAAAGUCGCGCCACAGUAGCGCGCCACGCUUUAAAUUGCGUACUGGAAAAAAAUUUAUUUUUUUUACUUAAAAAUACAAAUGUUUCCCACGUAUAAUAUUUUGUAAUAUAACUUGUUUGAGUGUACAGAAUGCGUAGUUCUAGUCGUUGUCAUAGGUUUUUUACACCCUGUAUAUGUAUUCGUAGGAGAAUAAUCUUCGUAAUAACAUUGGAAACGUUUAUAGUGGCGCUAGCAAUCAUAGCUCUAAUAGGAUUAAGUUGUCUUUGUGCCAAAGCUGCGGUGUAUAAAGAUUAAGAGCUCUUUCAUUUUUCGAGAAAUAUCUCUAUUAGCCAAGUUAAUUAACAAAUAUUGUUGUUCUUUUUUAUUUUCAAAAUAUGACAUUUUAGAACACUGGUAGUGUUCCAAUUACAGAGCAUAAUGCGACUCAGUGGCGCACAAUGCCGAAUUAUGCUGAUGCUUAAUUGGAACGUGAAUUAGUUUUCAAAUGCACCAGCAAAAGUCAAUGUUUGUACCUUCAUCCAUACAUAAAUUUAUUUUUUUAACAGUUUGAAUUCACGAAAAAAAACUACAAUGAAACAAAAGCUUUAAAUUUUUUUAAACUAUACUAUUUUCAAUAUUACUAACGAUAUUAAAUAUAUAAAACAUUUCGAUCAAUGCAAUUUAAAGAAAAAACACUUGUUAAUUUUCUGUCACUGAGUUGGUACGAUUGCACGCAUCACCCUAUACCAUUGUGCGAAGCGUUGCAGUAGUUGAAACAUUCAACGUUAAGCAUUAUGCCGCAUAAUGCGCUCUAGUGCUGUAAUUGGAAAACUACCACAAUCACUUCAAAGUGACAAAUAUAAAACUCUUUGAUUUUUCACCAUCACUUAGUGUAAUUAAAUGGUAAUUAUUUAUACCUCCAUCACAUCCUGUAAUAUAUUGUUUUGCAUGUUCUUAUGUCAAGUUAUGUCUUUUUAUUUUAAGUUGCAUACUUAAUAGCGAUAAUGCAUAGGCUAUAGUGAUUUAAUAUUCACUUUUAAUUGAAAUUUCUGCUUUAAAUCACUUUAUAGGAAACUGGGGACACUUCAUCUUUGCUUUUGUUUUUUAAUCUAGAGUUUACUGAAUGUACCUUUAUUAGAUUUUGCAUAUUCAGAGUUUCAUGUAAUAUUAGUCCAUACUUUUGCUAAGGAAUACAAAAAAAACAUGAUUAUACUGUAAUUUAUUUAUAAUCAAAAAAUGAUAACAUUGAUGAAAACACACAUAUUAAUAAACGACAAAUUCAUGUCGCAUUUAAUUGAACCCUACUCAAUACUUUUAGGUAACACCUGGUUAUCGAAUUUUGCUAACCUAAAUUACAAAAUUAAAAGUUCCAAAUGUGUGAAUGACUAUUGUUUAAUUUCAAUAAAAAAAAAGAAUUAAAAGAAAGAAACUGAAUUUUAUGAUUUUCACACAACUUGUUUAUUUUCUAAUCUCUUUUUUCUAGAUUGACAUUAUGAAAGAUGACCUAUACAUGAUUAUCUUUGAGCUAAUAUUAUUUAUAGAUAUAGAACUUAAUUUUUCUGUAACCUUAACAUACCCGCCCACCAAGAACUAGUCCUUCAUAAAAAUACUACAAAUAAAUAUUUCUCACUAAGUAAUUAAGCUAACAAACAACAAAAUAAGUAUUUCCUCGAAAACAAUAACUUAGAUAGAUAACGAGAUAAUAACUAAACACAAAACAAAAAUAAAUAAAAAGAUAUUUUCUCCCGAACACAUAUGAACUUCAAAAAGGAAAAACAAACCGCCCACCAUGACAUCAUAUCUAAGAUUUUGAAGAAAUGCUAGUUGGACGGUUGGACGUUUUAAAAGUCCACUCUUACAUUUGACUGUUACAGCUCUAGUUAAAUUAUCACGGCCUGGGUGUUUAAUGUGCGUGUGGACUGAGUGAUCUUUUCAAAAAAACUCAUCCAACCACAACCAAAUUAUAAGAGGAUUUAGGAAAUAAUUGUGAAAACUUAAUGGUAAGGUAAAAAAAUUGUGAAACCUAACCAAAGAAAGUUAGAACUAAUUAACUGGAUCACUCAAUCCGGACACUUGAAGAAUAAGCCAUAACGCGUAUCCAAGAAAAUACUUCCUAUGUGUUUAUAAUUUGUAUUUGAAAUAAUUGUGAAGAAUUUGUGUAAGCUGCUAAACAAAUUUUCGAUUCAUUUCAAAGCCACGUUUAAGAUUUAGAACGGUUUAUAUGGAUCACUCAGAAUGCACUAUGUUCAUUUGAGUGAUCUUUUAAAACACUAACUUACCUAUACUGAAAAAGUAUGAAACAUUAUCAUGUUUGUUAUAAAUUAUGCUUCUGGGAAAAUUUGUGAAACAAAGAUCGGAAUUGAAAUCUUACUGGUUUAAGAGAAAAUGAAAAUCUUGUUUUUCCUCGAUCGUCCCAACUGAGUGAUCCUUAUCUUGAACUAUAUUUAAUAAACCCAAACUUAUAGGUAGAAGGUAGUUACAUCAGAAAUUGUGAAAAAUGUUGUACUAAAAUUUGACGAACCAAUCGUCCCAGUAAGUGUUAUAUUUUAAAAGAUAACUUAUUUUUUACAAUCCUUAAGGAAAACGUUGAGUAGGGUACUUGUACUCUUUUAUUUUGUCGGAUUUUUUUUCGACUACCCUAUUCAAUGCUAACAUUGUGUAUAUUCAUUGCAAUUUGCGAAGCUAGCGGCGUUGUGCAGUGCAUCUAUUGCAAUGAAGUUUGUUUAUAGUUUUUUUAUUUAUAUAGAUAGGACCGACAAAUGACUCCAUCCCAUCUGAUGUUAAGUGAAGGUAAAGUCCAGACGCGAAGAUAGCAGAUACAGCAGUUCUACCUGCCACACCAUCUUUACACCUCUUUUAAAGGAUCCCAGGUUGUAAGAGGGAGGGAACACGUGAGUGGGCAGAGCAUCCCAUUUACGAACAGUGCGGCAAUUAUUUGAAAUACAAAUAAUAAACACAUAGGUAGUAUUUUCUUGGAUACGCGUUAUGGCUUAUUCUUCAAGUGUCCGGAUUGAGUGAUCCAGUUAAUUAGUUCUAACUUUUUUUGUUUACGUUUCACAAAAUUCAUACUUUACCAUUAAGUUUUCACAAUUAUUUCCUAAAUCCUCUUAUAAUUUGCUUGUGAUUGGAUGAGUUUUUUGAAAAGAUCACUCAGUCCACACGCACAUAGUGUUUACCUACAAUCUUUCCUAAUAUCCAUUUAGCAGGUGGAACAUUAUCCUCCCUGAUUACAAUUAUACCAUUAAUAUUUGGUUCGUCGAUCUUAGUGUGCCAUUUAUAACGUUGGUUUUCAGUUACAAGAAAUUCUUUAGACCACCUUUUCCAAAAUGAUAACUACACGCUUCUCGUGAAGGUUAAAGCUCUCUUUAAUCUUUCGCGUUGCUCAUUUGAGAGUGGUAGUCGUUAAAUUUAUUGACCAAUACUGCCAAUGCUUCGGACCAUGUUUUUUGAUACGAUGAUGUUAAUCGUGCUUUUGGUGACUUACAAUAGUUUGGUAAAAACUUUCUGAAGUCUUUUCAAAUGUUCGUCUUGGUUAAGAAUUACAGUUGACAACUCCAUUGCUUUCAAUUGUUUUGUAUGACCGAAACCAACGGAAUAUUUCGAAGUUCAAAUUCGUAUUGAAUUAUUCUAAGUGUAAAUCUUACAAGUCUUGUUCGAUAGCGCUGUUGUUCGAGAAGUAUUUUUACUCACGGUUUGAGAUUAGAAUCCGAUAUCCCUCAUUUACUAUUUACUGAAACAUACUAGCUCGACACAUUUCUUUUUUCCCCGUAUUUCGGCACCAUGUUUAAUUCCAAUAAAAAGACAACGUUUAAUUCCAAUAUAAAGAUAGAUUUAAAACAAAGAAACUGAAUUUUAUGACUUUCACACGAUUUAAAUCUUUGUGUCACAGAACUGUUUAAGUUUUACUCUCUUUUUUCUAGAUUGACAUUAUGAAAGAUGACAUAUACAUUAUUGUCUUUGAGCUAAUAUUAAACAUGGAUAUAGAACUUAAUUCUUCUGCAACCUUAACAACUAUAUUAAAGAAAAUAGUAAGCAUUUCUAAUUUUACUUACGAAACUCUUUAAAAAUCUUAUAAGAUCUACAGCUUUUCAUAAAGCAGAAAGAGGGUUGCAAAUAUCACUGCGUCCUUUGGUCAUCUGAUAAUUGACACUAUACCGUCCAAUCGAACCGGGUUUUAAAUAUUAAACCAAAAGAAAGGAGAUUGCUCAAAUUGCCCCAAAUGUACAAUAAAUAUUGACAUAUACGGUAAUUCUCGGCGUAAUUUAUACUUUAUUUUACAGUCAUUAGAUUUUAACGGACACCUUUGUAUAAUAUAUUCAUUUUAAUAAGGACUUUUAAUUUUACCGGUUUGGAAAAUAUACGAAUCAUUUUUAAUGGCUAUGGGUGUAGUAACAUUCAGCCAAAGACUGAUCGAAUAUAUUUAUUUAUUUUAAUAUCCACAACUAUAUUAUCAUUUUCACUACAUGCAAAUGUACAAAGACACUUAUUAUAGAUGGUUGGCGACAUCAUGAAGUCUAUUGCCAUACAUUUUUCGCCAAACACCUCCAUAACACAUUAUAAGGUGUUAUACACUAAAAAUCUAAAAUGAGAACGCCACAGAAAGAAGAAAAAAAAUGCUAACUAACUAAAUUAAAGAGAGUUUAAAAAUUCUCUCUAAUCUGUGGCUCAUUCACAAUCAUUACUCAGUUUCUGGCACAGAGUACCUUAUUAUAACCGGAAAUGCAUAGAUGAUACCUGAUUUAAAAGUUACUCUUGUGCAUUAACUUUAUAAACAGGCAACUAUCUGUUAAUCUACCAGCUUUAUAUACCUGAAUCUAAUACGUUAUUUCGGUACUUGGCUUGAUUUCCCUAGUUUACUAUAUAACUUAUUUGUUUUUUAUUAUUUUAAUACCUAUGUACCUAUUUACAUACAUAACCUCAAAAUCAUUCAGUGUAUAUGGUUUAUAGAAGUUCUCAGGGGUGUCCGUCAAUAAUAUUCGUUUCUACAGUAAUUUAUAUAUAAUUUCGAAUCUAGGAAACAAUUUUUCAUGAUUAUUGGUCUUCAUGCAAGGCAAUCAUGUAUGGAAGCUGAGCAAUCUCCUUUAACCGAUUUUAACAAUAAAACUAAAUUAACGCACAAAUUAAUUUCAGAAAUAAAGUGUCCCCAAUUUCCUCGAAAGUUUAACCAACAUUAACUAAACCUACACUUCUCUUUUGAAAAAAAACAAAGAAUAACCUUAGUUUAAACAUAUACAAAUAUGUGACUGUCACUUAUUGUUGUACAUAUUUUUGGUUCAUUUACUUUAUUUAAAUUCAAUUGUUAGUAUAAUUAUAUUAUAAGUAUUUGUUAUCCGAAUAAAGGUAAUAAAAAGCCCGUGUAUAGAUAUUGAUACUAGACCUAUAUUAUUUGAAAUAAAAAGAAGCAUUUCAUAAUAUUAAUAAUUUUAUUAAAAGCGUAAUUAUUGGUACAUUGGAAUCCAGAUUUAUAGAAAAUUUUAAUAAACGUAGUUAUUUUAGACAUACUUAUUAUAAACUUUACAGUCAGAUUCGAAAUGUUAUUUUUUAAAAUGUAUUUUUUUUUUAUUUAUUUUGUUAAUAAAGUUAGUAAGUAUUCAUUUUAUUUUUGUCUGUUUUAAUUUAUCAUUCACUAGGUUUUACUACUGUACAAAUGAAAAAUCUUAUGAGUUCGUCCUUUACCCAUCUGCUUACCAGACAAAAAGUAUGUUACUAUCACGUAUUAUUUGCAAA